AUGGGGGAGAUGGCAGAGAUGGAAGGGGUGCUCAGAGGGGUGUUGAGGGGGGUGCGGGAUGAUAGGUUAGGGAGGCCUACCCCAGAGCGCUUUCACAAGUCACGGGUGAGCAAGCAAGGCUCGACAGUGUCAGCACCCACCUCAUCACUGUCACAUCCCAAUGGAAGUUGGACUCUGUGUUACAUUUAAGCAGAUAGGGCCGCAGGUAAACAUUAUGGUGCAUCCAGCUGUAUUGGCUUCAAGAGAUUCUUUAGGAGAAGGAUUCACAACAACCACACUUACAACUGUAGAGUUAAGUGUGUAUUGUGUAUUGUUGACAAAGACAGAAGGAACCAAUGUCGUUACUGCAGACUACAUCAUUGUUUCAAGGCUGGAAUGAGAAAGGAAGCUGUUCAGACUGAGAGAGGCAGCACCAGCAGUCACACAGCCAAAGGACAGGAAGUGGGCACUCUGUCCAUCAGCUUGCUUCUGCGGGCAGAGGCCGGUGUGCAACAGUUCCCAGCUCUGGUCUCACCUAGGAGUCAUGACAUCAACACCAAGAAGACAGCCUGCAUGGGAGAUGUGUUCAAGUCCAUGAAGCAGCAACUCCUCCUGCUGGUGGACCACACAAAACACAUCCCAGAGUUCUGUAGCCACAUCGAUGAUGGGGUAACUCUGUUACAAACCCACUCUGCAAAACAUCUUAUCCUGUGAGCAGCAAGAAACAUCUUGCCAAUGAAUGGAUGUGUUUAUGGUGAAUGAGCAGGUAACGACUCUGUGAUCCCCCUGAGAGGUGCAGAGGUAGAGGUGUCCAGAUUGGCGUUAACAAUCCAGGAGGAGCUGGUCAAACCUUUUAGAGAGCUGGACAACAAGUCUGGUUGUGUCAAAACUAUUGUCUUCUUUGCCCCGGACGGUUUGGAGAGUCCUCAGGUGGUUCGACAGCUGCAUUUCAAGGCCCAUCUGCUGCAACAAGAAACAACCUGUGAGCAGCAAGGGAGGUUUGGGGAGCUCCUGCUGAUCCUGCCUCCCCUGCAGAGUACGGCCUGGCAGAUGGUGGAGACUCUCCAUGCACAGCUGCUGGGCGAAAGCAGAAUGGCCAUCCUGCUGCUGCAGGAGAUGCUGCUGGGAGAGGGAGCAAAAACAGGACAGGGACUGUGA